GCUUUAGAUGUAAACUGACAUCACCUCAGCUGAACAAACCGAAAGCGAAAGACUGAUCAAACUCCAACUAAAGUCUUUAGGGAGACAUAGAAGAAGACUAGCUGGCUCUAAAAUGAGUCUCUGUGAAGAGAGAGAGGAGGAGGAUGUUGAUCUCUAUCAGAACCAGAGAGGAGCACCCCCAGAGUCCAGCUGUUUGAGUGAUGCAUCCAUGGGACGACCCAUUUAUUUCAGUAAAGGAACGGGAACUUUCAACCUCAGUAUCAAUGGAAGAAAGAGAAAAAGAACAGCAUGUCCAGAGCCCAUAUAUCAGCCUCCUGAUCUAAGUGAUGGACCAAUGACCUUUAAACCCAGUAUCACUAGAAAAAAGAGAAAAAGAGCAGCAUCUCCAGAGCCCAGCUGUUUGUCUUUGAAGAGUGACAGAUCAAUAAAUCAGCCUCCAAAUCUAAAUAAAGGAUCAGUGACUUUUAAACACAGAGGUGAUAAGACUGAAGACCUGCAGAAUGAAUCUCACCAAUCAGUAGAUGAUGAACUACAGAGAGUCAAAAACCAACACAAAACCAGCAUGAAGAACAAGUAUGAGAGAUUAUGUGAGGGAGUCAAACUACAAGAGAAUCAAACCUUUCUGAACACAAUCUACACACAGCUCUACAUCAUAGAGGGAGAGAGUGAAGGAGUGAAUGAAGAACAUGAGAUUUUACAGAUGGACAAAAAAGCCAGAAAUCAAUCUUCACAAGACACUCCAAUCUGCUACAAUGACAUCUUUAAAGCCUCACCUGGUCCAGGAUAUGAGGAAGAAGAGCAGAUCAAGACUGUUCUUACUAAAGGCAUUGCUGGAAUUGGAAAAACGGUCUCUGUGCAGAAGUUCAUUCUGGACUGGGCCGAGGGAAAAGCCAAUCAGGAUGUAGAUUUCAUGUUUGUGUUACCAUUUCGAGAGUUGAACUUGAUCCAAGAUCAUCAGUACAGUCUUCACAGACUUCUGCUUGACUUUCAUCCUGAACUUCAAGAUCUGGACUCCAAGAUUUACAAGAAGUGUAAAGUUGUGUUCAUUUUUGAUGGUCUGGAUGAAAGCAGAGUCAUGAUGUUUUCAGACACUCAGAAAGUUUCUGGUAUUACUAAGAUUUCAUCAGUGGGUGUGUUGAUGUCAAACCUGAUGAAAGGAAAGCUACUUCCCUCUGCUCUCAUCUGGAUCACCUCCAGACCAGCAGCAGCCAAUCAGAUCCCCUCCGAGUACAUCAACCGUCUGACUGAAAUACAGGGAUUCAAUGACCCUCAAAAGGAGGAGUAUUUUAGGAAGAGAAUCAGUGAUGAGCAUCAAGCCAGCAGAAUAAUCUCACACAUCAGGGGAGCAAGAAGCCUCCACAUCAUGUGCCACAUCCCCGUCUUCUGCUGGAUCUCAGCCACUGUGCUUCAAAACAUCAUAAAACACAAAGACAGUGCAGAAAUCCCUAAAACUCUGACUGAAAUGUACAUCCACUUUCUACUCACUCAGAUCAACAUGGGGAAUCAGAAGUAUGAAGAGAGAAGUCCAGGGAAACUAGUGCAGUCCUACAGAGAAAUUAUUGUGAAACUUGCUGAACUGGCUUUCAAACAGCUGAUGAAGGGCAAUGUGUUGUUCUAUGAGGAGGACCUGAGAGAGAGUGGCAUAGACGUCACUGAUGCCUCAGUGUAUUCUGGGAUUUGCACUGAAAUCUUUAAAGAGGAAUCUGUGUUUCAUCAGAGGAAAAUCUACUGUUUCAUACAUCUGAGCUUUCAGGAGUUUCUGGCUGCAUUCUAUGUGUUUUACUCCCAUCUAUUGAACAACAUGGAGCCACUGAAGUUGUUUCUGAAUGAUAAACAUAAGACAGACACAUCUGGAAAAAGCACUUUGUUUGAGCUGCUAAAAUCAGCAGUUAAAAAAACUCUUCAGAAUAAAAAUGGACACCUGGAUCUUUUUCUGCGGUUCCUGCUGGGGAUCUCACUGGGGUCCAAUCAGAGACUCUUACAGGCCCUUUUGACAUGCACAGAGAAUAGCUCAAAAACAAUCAAAAAAAUUAUAAUUCAAAUUAAACACAAAAUCAAGGGAAAUAAUCGUCUCUCAGCUGAACAAUCUAUCAGUCUGUUCCUCUGUCUGCUGGAAGUUAAAGAUCAGACUCUUUACAGAGAGAUUCAGCAUUUUGUGAAAUCAGACAAACACUCUGAGAAGAAACUCACUCCUGCUCACUGUUCAGCAAUCGCCUACAUGCUUCAGAUGUCAGAGGAGGUGCUGGAUGAGUUUGAUCUCAUGAAAUAUAACACAUCAUCUGAGGGAAGACGGAGACUGUUACCAGCUGUGAGAAACUGCAGGAAAGCUCUACUUGCUGGAUGUGGUCUGUCUGAUCAACACUGUGAAAGUUUGUCUUCAGCUCUACAAUCAUCAGACUCCCAGCUGAGAGAGCUGGACCUGAGUAACAACGACCUUCAGGAUUCAAAAGUAAAGCUGCUCUCUGUUGCACUAAAGAGUUCACACUGUCAAGUGAACAAACUGAGAUUGGUCAGCUGUAAUCUCACUGGUCAGUGCUGUGAAAGUUUGUCUUCAGCUCUAAAAUUAUCAAAAGGCCACCUGAAAGAGCUGGACCUGAGUAACAAUGACCUGCUGGAUUCAGGAGUGAAGCUGCUGUCUGCUGGACUGACAAGUGCGAACUGUCAGUUGAACAUACUGAGAUUGUCUGGCUGUAUGGUGACAGAGAAAGGCUGUCGUUAUGUGUCUUCAGCUCUGAGAUCAAACCCCUUACACCUGAGAGAACUGGAUCUGAGCUACAAUCACCCAGGAGAUUCAGGAGUCAAGCUACUCUCUGAAAAACUGGAAGAUCCAAACUGCACACUAGACAAACUCAAUGUGGAUCAUGGAGGAGAGUUCAGGAUUACAGCAGGUCUACGCAAAUAUGCCUGUUCUCUCACACUGGAUACAAACACAGCAAACACUCGUCUCAUUCUGUCUGAGGGAAACCGAAAGGUGACACGUGUGGAAGAGGAACAGUCAUUUCUUGAUCAUCCAGAAAGAUUUGAUGUAUGUCAUCAGGUUCUUUCUAGAGAGAGUCUGUCUGGACGCUGUUAUUGGGAGGCCGAAUGGAGGGGAUAUUCUGUUAUGUCAGUAACAUAUAAAGGAAUCAGCAGGAAAGGACAGAGUCAUGACUGUUGGUUUGGACGAAAUAAAAACUCCUGGAGUCUGAUCUGCUCUGAUAAUGGAUUCAUUGCCCGUCAUAAUAAUAAUUCAACUGACAUACAUAUCCCUUUACGUUCCUCUCAUAUAGUAGGUGUAUAUUUGGACUGGUUGGCUGGGUGUUUAUCCUUCUACAGCAUCUCGAACACACACACACUCACACAUUUACACACAUUCACCUCCACAUUCACUGAAUCUCUGUAUGCUGGAUUUGGAGUUUAUGAUUUCUCAGUGUGUUUGCGUAAGAUGGAAAAGCCUGUGACCAACCACCGAGGCGUCACAUACCCAUAUAAAUGAAAAACUCACGUGUCUGUGAGAUAUGCUAGAACAAACCUCAUUGGUUCUCGUGUCCCACGCACAGACAAAUAUAUUUCUGUGUUUUAAUCAAUGUAUAUUAUGGCUUAACACUAGAAUCGCCAGAGGUCGCUGUAUACCUAAAACCACCAGCGGGUAAAUUUUACCCACGCUCAUUACAACUGUAUUUAUAUGGCUAAAGAACAUAUAAUUUCACUGUAUUAUGCCACUGUCUUCACAAAGAAGUGUCUAGAGUCAUGAAAUGAUUAUGUUUAGUCAUUAACUAAAUUCUUUUAUGUUCAAGACUUUUAAUGCAGGCUACACAAAUACAUAAUGGUCAGUAGCCUAAGGUAAAAAAAAUAAAAAAGGCAUGCACUGACAGCGGAAAUUAGAAGCUAGUGCCCUAAAUAUUUGGGUGGUGCAUUAUUAUACAAUGUCAUUAAUCAAUAUAUUAAGAUAACCCCUGCAAUUUGAUGCGAUGACAAAUUCAAGCGGACAACUGAAUAUUUAUUCACUUGUUUAUUUAAAUCAUUUAUAGUUUGAAUAAGAGAACAACACCAUUAAACUUUGGUAAUUAAAAAGUUUUAUUCAUUAUAUCGUAUAGAUUGGAUUUUUAUUUAUUUAUUUCUUCAGCAAAUGGCCAGACUAGAAUAUCAACAUAGUAACAAACAAUAAACAAUAUGGAAAGACAAAAAUGUAAUAAUUAAACCAAAGUUUGACCAAUUAGAGUAAUGUUAAGCUAAAACAUGUAAAUAUGAUAGUAAAUAUGAUAUCUGGAUCACUGUCAGAUGAACCGUCAGAUGCUAAGCUGAACCAAUUUUACUUAAUUUAUGAAACUGAUAACCGCUAACUCAGUGAGUGAAAAGCAUUGCCUAGAAAUGAUAAAUGUUAAAACAUAGGUGGAAUGUAAACAGUGAAAAAAUAUGUGCAUUCAAUAGUGGCUAAAUUUGACCCACUGGCGCUUAUAGGUAUAAAUGCCCAGUUUUUUUAUAUGGUUUUAUCAAAAUAAUUUUUAACAACAUUGAAUUGUAAAUGACAUCAUUUUACUAAAAGUCAAUGACUGAGAGACUUGGAUGUUUUAUUUUAAAUCUGCUAUAUACAUUUGAAAAACAGCCAUGGGUAAAAUUGACCCUGUGGCGAUUCUAGUGUUAAUUAAGUCUCUCUAUCCUAAAGGGAACAUGUCACUUCAGAAGACUGUGAUUAAAUGGCUUGAUUCAUUUGUACAUACAGAAAAAAAUGUUGGACCUUUUUGAAUUUUGAAAGUUUUGUUUAUUUGAAUUGUCAGCAAAGGAACAGCAAUUUCAGGUUUCAUUAAAAAAAUCCCAAUUUGCUUUUCAUAAUAAACAAAAAAUAUUUGGAACAAC